AUGCUAUCAUUCAGCGUCCAGAUGGAUCUCUCCUCGCUAGAAGGCCCUCCCAUCCGGGACUCCAGAUUCUCCAGUCCCACGCCAAGCGCGGCAAGUGUCCCCCAUAUUCGACUGGAGGACACAUUCAGUCCUGUGAGCCCGAUGAAUACCAAUACCUGGGACCUUCCUCCGAGGCCCGCAUCGACAAGCGCCAUUGCCUCCCGCAGCAAAUACCCUAACACAGGAUCCAACGGACUCCGGCCAAACAUCCAUCCCAACGAGUACAACGCCAGGCAAAACUACCGCACACCUCCGAAUCAAUCUUUACACCCUGGAGUAUCCCGUGGAGUAUCUCAUCACUCUGGCGCUACCUUGUCGCCGUGUCGACCUCCACGCACCCAUUCUAGCAGUGUAUCAUCACCGCACCAACUUGUCUGGAUUGAAAGCGAACAAAUAUGGGUCUUGACAACUAGAACAAUGACACCAACACAACCACAACGACCGCAAUAUUCCAGAUCAAGUCCAGGCUCAGGCGCAAACACCGGGUCACAAUUCCCUUCACGAACAACAAAUUCAUAUCCCCCACACCCGGCCAACCCAUACCCACCCCAAUCGACGAAUCUAUACCCUCCAACUGCGGAUUUCGCGGUUGAUACUGAGCCCGAGGACCUCCCGCCACCUUACGAACAACAUGUCUUCGAUCAGCCCCUAGGGCCUAUUCUACCCGCCGUAGCAAGAGUGCUCCCUGAGGAAAUACCACAACGUGGAUCUCGAUGGGCCGCCAUUGGGCGGCGUGUUAGCUGA